AUGGCCUUCCGCGCUCUGUCCUCCGUCCCCCGCGCCCUCGGCCAGCGCGCCGCCGCCGCCAGUCCGCGGCUCAUGUCGCGGCCGGUCUCGCAGCAGCAGCGGCUAUUCCACGCGUCGCGGCCGGCCGCCGUGGCGGUGGGCGACGCGCUGCCGAGCCUCGAGGUGCUGGUGGAGAACAGCCCGGGCAACAAGGUCAACCUGGCGGACGAGUUCGCGGGCGUCAAGCGCGGCGUCGUCGUCGGCGUGCCCGCCGCCUUCUCGGGCGCCUGCAGCCAGAAGCACGUCCCCAGCUACAUGCAGCACCCCCAGGUCGCCCAGAUCAUCGCCGAGGGCGGCCAGGUCGUCGUCGUCAGCGUCAAUGACGCCUUUGUCAUGAAGGCAUGGGGCGACCAGCUCGACCCGGUCCAGGAGUCCGGUAUCCGCUUCCUCGGCGACCCGGCCGGCGAGUUCACCAAGGCGCUGGACCUGGACUUUGACAGCACGGCCAUCUUCGGCAACCGCCGCGCCAAGCGCUACGCCCUCGUCAUCGAGGACGGCAAGGUCAAGUCGGUGCACGUCGAGCCGGACAACACGGGAACGGACGUCUCGAUGGCCGACAAGGUGCUUGGUUAA